UUUGGAUUUGGAUAUAAGUUAAAUUCAAAUAUGAGUUAUCAUUCGUUGCUUUCAACGAAGAUGAAGAAGCCACACUCACAGCAACAUAACAACCACCAAUCGCAAGCGAAAACGCUCUUCGAGCUGAAGCAAAAGGUAGUUACAGCUCUCAACAAACUUUCCGACCGCGACACGCACCAGAUCGGCGUCGAGGAGCUCGACAGGACCGCGCGCUCGCUAACCGCCGAUUCCGUCUCGCCGUUCCUCUCCUGCCUCCUCGACACCGAUUCCGACCAGAAGGCCUCCGUACGGAAAGAAUGCGUCCGCCUUAUGGCCACCGUCGCCGCCGUCCACGGCGACCUCGUUCUGCCGUACCUUCCGAAGAUGGUGUCCAGCAUCAUGAGGCGGUUGAGGGACGCGGAUUCGGUGGUUAGGGACACGUGCGUGGAAGCGGUUGGGGUUUUGGCGUCCAAGAUUGUUAAUGGCUGCGGUGGAGACAGGGCGUUUGUGGCUGUGGUGAGGCCGAUAUUCGAGGCGUUAGGGGAGCAAAACAAGAACGUCCAGAGCGGGUCGGCGAUGUGCCUGGCGAGGAUUGUGGAUAAUACUAGUGAUCCUCCAGUGGCGGUUUUGCAGAAGAUGCUUGGAAGAACUCUCAAGUUGCUUAAGAAUCCGCACUUCAUGGCGAAACCGGCACUUGUUGAGUUGAAUAAGAGCAUUAUCCAGGGUGGGGGCGCUCCGUCGGAGAAUGUGCUGUCCACUGCUAUUGCUAGCAUCCAAGAGGCCCUAAAGGACAGUGAUUGGGCGACACGCAAAGCGGCUGCUGUGGCACUAGGAGAGAUUGGUUUGAGUGGUGCUUCUUUCUUGACAUGUUUAAGGGCUUCCUGUAUUCGUUCUCUUGAGUCAUGUAGAUUUGACAAGGUGAAACCAGUGAGGGAUGCUGUUUUGCAAGCACUUAAGUAUUGGAGAAUUCUUCCAGGCCCUAAUACUCCCGAGCCUUCUGAAACAGGAUCCUCCAUAAAAGAAAACAUAUGCAGAGGUGACUCGGCUGAUCUUAGUAGUACAACCGAAUCUGGACAGAGAGAUCUCAGGGCCCAAAAGGUUAACACAAAAUCAACUAUGGGAAGAGUUCCUCUGUCUGCUAGAAAGGGAGGUCAAAAUUAUGCUGGAAAUCCUCAGCAUCUCAAAGACGAUUGGCAUGUUGAAAUUGCAGUGCCUAGAACUCAUUCUAUAGUGGAAUUCCAUAGCCUGAAUGAAGAUUCUGAGAGUAGUUCUGUCACCAAGCCAUUAGAAACAAUUAGUGUAGAAGUUACAAGUGUGCGCGACAUUGGUUAUGAAUAUGUUCCUAUGGAUGACAAGCAGGAGUGCUCUUCUGUCUCUAAUCUUACCAAUGAUAACUAUGAGACCAAGUUUUUAGCUGCUUCUCAUGAAUGCUUUAUAAAGAAUGGAUUUCAGAAGCCACUCGCAAGAAGUGAACAGUUUGUUGAAGAAGGAAGUUGUAAUGAACAAAUGUACUCCAUAAAGUCUCAGAAUCCUAGAAGUUCCGGUUCUACAAUAACAGAGAAAUAUCCCCAUGCUCCACAUGAAUGUUGUUGUGUUCAACUUGCAAAUGAUAUGAUCUGUAUUCAGAAUCAGCUUUCAGAUAUGGAAAUCAAACAGGCAAACAUGAUGCAUCAGUUACAGAUGUUUACAACUGGCAUAAUGGAUGCUCUUUCUACAAUCCAAUCAAGAAUGGUAGGCUUAGAAAACGUAAUUGAUAGAUUAACUCAAGAAUCUGCACAAGGAGGAAGACAUUCUUAUUCAGAAAACUCCAAAUUUGUUAGGCCGAGUCAAAAUACAGCUUCUCCUAGGUUCUCCACAUGCACUCCAAGGCCAUCUGUAGAUAUUAAUGGUAAACCGUCUGGCUUGUCAUCGAAUAAAAAAUCUGAAAGUUGGGAGGAGAAGAAAACAUUUUCAAGGAGCCAACCAAGGAACUUUGCCGGAGAUACCGCAGAUUCAUGGAAAAGCUACAAGCCAAAGAAUGCAAGGAAUUUUACAGAGGAUAUGUUGAACAGUUCUGCGAAUGAUACACGCAGCAUGAUUUCUACUCAAGUGAGAAAGAAUGAUGAUGUCUUUUCCUGUGCUACCAGAGUCAAACCCAGAAUUGGUUGUCGUGGGAGUAAUACUAACUAUUGGAAAUGUGUGAAACGGCUUGUGAGUGAAGGGGAUCUAAACUCUGCAUACAUGGAAUCUCUAUGCUCUGGUGAUGAACUUAUACUUGUUGAGCUUCUGAAUAAAACUGGUCCGGUUAUAGAGAGUUUAUCAGUGAAGACAGUCAACGUUCUUCUUAGUACUUUAGCAUCAUAUAUUCUUGAAGGAAGAUUCUUUAAUACGAUAAUCCCCUGGUUGCAGCAGAUUGUUGAAAUGAGCACCAUCCAUGGACCAAAUUGCAUUGCUCUCUCCAUUGAAGUCAAGGAACAGCUUAUAUCUGCAGUUCAGGAAGCUGGGGACUUGACUAUUAUCAGUCUCGCAGAAAGAAGGUGCGCCACUGAAUUAGCAAUGAAGUUGCAUCAUAUAUGGGGUAAGAUUAAUGAAACUUCAUAAUCUUUGUAUAUUUGCGGGGGAAGAUGUCCAUGCCAUUUUCUUUAUCUAGUGUUGGGUUUAGUCAAUGGUUCGCUGCUAGUCAUUCUGAAAUUAAAUAACUUCGGAAGUUUGUUCAUGAUGUUUGAUAGCAAUGUAUAUUGCAAGGAUUGUGUUUUCUUUGUUUCAGCAAUAUGCA